UGCGCUCGCCAUCAGGAGCACGCGCGCACAACAGAAAGCCUCGAGUGGACACGUGUUGCGGCACCACGGACACGAUUGAUCACGGUCGAUCGGCGUCUCCGUGAAAUGAGGUUGCAAAUAAACAAAUGAGACUUGGCCAAGAAAAUUCACAUCAUGAAAACAAUCAAGCCGGGAUUGGCCGGCGACCGGUUCGGGGGGGCGUAUCCCGCCUCUCGCUCGGAGAUAGCUGGGAUAGACCCGUGACCCGCGUGAGGAGAAGCGGUACAGAAAAUGGAUGGAAAACAAUCAAGCGUACCUGCUGGUCCCGCCGGUCCCGCUGGUCCCGCCGGUCCCCGUGAUCCUGCACAGCUGCGCCCGACGAGGCGCUCAGGCCUCAAGUAGCAGCGCAGCAGACAGUUGAGCAGGUGGGCUCGGGCCAGUGGAUUGAGCAGAAUGUGGUCGACUUUGAGGGUUCUGGUGUUCCAGCUGUUCUCACUGCUGCUCUUUGGACAACAUGCGAGAGCUUUCGGGCCUUACUUUGCUGCGCGCAGCCCCAAAACUUAUCGGGCUCCCGCUGGCCUCCAAGCUUCACUCCAGUCUGAGGGUUCUACCGCUCACCUGAAACCCAAGUACCUUGGAAGUGUCUCACAGCAGAACCGGAUGCCUGCCAGACCGGGUACCGAAGGCCGUCUCGCUUCCUCCGGUGGUCUGGUAGAUCCGAGUUCACCGGGAAGUGCUCCGAUUUACAGACUUGAUUUAGAGCAGCGACAUCAACCCAACCCCAUCAACAGCAAAAUGCCUCAAAACCACCGGGAAGGUACUAUAGUUUCAAGUCACGGGAUCCAGAUGGUGGCUGCGCCAAAAUCGCCACUGGUUCUGAUGCCACGGAGGUAUGAAAAACCCCAAGUGCUACCAAGGUACAACCCCAAACUACCACAAAGGUAUGAACCAAAACCACCACAGGAGUUGCACGGGUAUGAAAAACUGCCCCAUGAUCUGAGGCGACCAAGAUAUGAACUUCAACUGUCACAGAGGUACGAUCAACCACACCAGGUGCACCCGAGGUAUGAUCCCAAACUGCAGCAGGUUCUGACGUCACGGCGGUAUGAGCCUAAACCGCCACAGGCUUUGCAGAGGUAUGACAAACUGCCGCAGGUUCCGACGGCGUCGAGGUAUGAAAAAUUGCCACGAGCUCUUCCGAGAUAUGACCUGAGACCGCAACAGAAUCUGAUGCCACCGAGGUACGAACCCAAACUGUCUGCAGUCCAAAGGCCCUCGAGUCAUAAGACUAAAUUGAGUCAAAGUGGUUUCCAAACCAACUUGAGAGGUUUUCUUUCCUGGCAGUAGCCGAAAGGUUGCUGUUGGACUGAGGUCUUCACUUUGACUUUGUCAGCUUGUGCAUCAAAUCUUUUGGAUCUUUAUUGCCAUUUGAGUUGAAAACAUAUUAAAAAAAAAAAAAAAAAGC